CUCCCUAUCCAGAAAAUUGCUUCUAGAUUAAGCUAUAUUUUUCUGGAGAUCCUAAAUUCACUUUUCUCACGCGGAAACAAAAAUCUAUUUCCAUGGAAGUGACCCUCUAUAAAUACAUGGAUACAGCAACCUUUCUAAAUCAAAAAAAGAUAUUCUUUUUGUUUUAUUUACUUUGACAAAAAGAAGAAAGAGCCAUAGGAAGAGAGGAUGUGUUUGGUGUUCGUGUGCGAUCAGGACGAGAGGGUGAUCGGAAGGUACGCAGCUCCUGGAGCCUGCCCGUACUGCGGCGGAAUGGUUCAAACGGUAGACGUAGAAAGCCAGUGGAGAUUCUGCUUCGUCCCUCUCUAUAACAAAUCCAAACGUCGCCUUAUUUGCUCCACCUGUGGUAAACGCCUCAUCGCCCAUUCCUGAAUUAAAAACUCUCACCGAGAUCUCUCUCUCUGUUUUGUAACUUCUCUAUGUGUAAUAAAAAUUAUCUUUGUGACU